AAAAAAAAAGAGCCGAGAAGAAGAGCACGCGCGAGAGAGGAGCGUGAAGGGAAAGGGGCAUAUUCCGAAGGGUAGGAAGAAGGAGAUAAAUAAGAUGCUGAGGGAACGCAGAAACCAGGUAGUGCCACGUGGGACACUACCUGGCAAGCAGGCAUCGCAUCUUGGAACCACGCGACCUCCAAAGAAAGAGAAGAAGAGAAGAAGAGAAGAGAAAGUAAGAACCCUCUACGCCUAUGGCGGUCCUUCUUCAUCGUCAUUGCCAUCUUCUUCGCUGUACCUCUUUUUGAUUACCUUUUUCAUCAUUUUCUCUUUCUCUUUCUCUAUACUCUUUCCACGCUUUCCUAGCUCUCUCUGUCUCUUUCUGCUCUGCUCUGCUAGAUCAUUGUCGCAGCUUAAUUCCUCGCCACCACCAAAAAAGAAAUUUUUUUUUUCUUUUCUUUUCCCCAACCAACCGGUGGCAAAGCUGUUUAGGGCGCAGAAGAUUCGCCCUGGCUCUUGUUUUGAAAUUGGGUUUGGAGUUUCAGCAUCUGGGUUGAUGUCAAAUCGCUUGUUUUUCUUCCUUUCUGGUACCUAGCUCUUCUUAUCUUCUCUCGGAAUUUGUUUUGGUUUUUGAUUUUGGAAUUAUAAUGAUAAAUUUGAGGUUCUGGGGCUCUAUCUGACUGUAAUUUCGAUUGAUCUUUGUCCUUAAUUUUGGGGUUAAAAUGAUUUGUGCAAUGUUGGCCAUGGUCGCUGAUGAGAAAUUAUUUAAUGGUUUAUAGCUUCUUUGUCGGGUUUUUUAAGAAAUGGAGAAUUUGUUGAUUUUUGGUAGUGAAGUUGAAAAUCUCGGUCAUAGUUUUAUGUUUUGGCUGAAAUUUGCAGAAUUUUUAAGUUAUAUGGUGUGAGUAAAUACUCAUGUGCAAUAAGGAAAUUGCAUGCUUAAGCCAGUCUGAAAACAAUAUUGAUCAUCAACAUCCUCAUCAGGCUGUGUACUUGAUGGAUAGCCCUUCUGCUACAACAAACUCGGCCCCUAAUUAUGCUAUGUCACCUGGCUCAAAUGAUGAGUGCCCGCGUGUUAAAUUUCUAUGUAGUUUUCUAGGUAGCAUAUUGCCUCGCCCACAGGAUGGGAAGCUCCGGUAUGUGGGCGGAGAGACGCGAAUCGUGAGUGUGCCUCGGGAUAUUACUUAUGAGGAGUUGAUGAGCAAGAUGCGAGAACUAUAUGAAGGGGCAGCAGUGUUGAAGUAUCAGCAACCAGAUGAAGAUCUUGAUGCUCUUGUCUCGGUUGUCAAUGAUGAUGAUGUGACUAACAUGAUGGAAGAGUAUGACAAGUUAGGUUCCGGGGAUGGUUUCACCAGGCUCAGAAUUUUCUUGUUUUCUCAUCCCGACCAAGAUGGUUCGUCACACUAUGAUGGGGAUGAAAGGGAUACUGAGAGGAGAUAUGUGGAUGCCUUGAACAAUUUGAAUGAUGGAUCUGAUAUUAGGAAGCAACAACCUGACUCCCCGGUGAUUAGUGGCCUUGAUGAUGGCCAUGUAAUAGAUCAGUUCUUUAACCCAUUGAGCCUUGAGGGUGGCCUUCAUAACCAGAGGAAUGAAUUGCCCAUCCCACAGUAUAACUUGCAUCACCUCACGAUUCCUCAUAUGGGAUCAGGGCAACACCAUCAACCAAUUAGUCAGAGGUAUAGUGAAUUGGAAGCUCCGUGGAGUCCUGCAUACUAUUCUCCUAGGCAUCAUGGGCACCAUGAUCCUAGAACACUAGCAGAAUUUCCUUCUUCCCCUUCUGCACGUUAUCGUAUGCCAUUUGUAGACUUACCUGAUAAAUGCUCAGAUAGAAUGCCAGAAGAAUUUUCUCGGCAGCAAGUAAGUCCCCGGCCUUCAUAUGAGCACCAACCUCAAUAUUCUGAUAAUGUUGGAUGGCUUCCAAGUGGAGCCAUAUCAGGUGAAAAGUCAGGUUUUCCAGGUAACAUAUUUCACACAUCCAAUGUUGUUGAAGGAAGUAGUAUCUGCGAGCACUGCAGGAUGACUUUCCAAAGAAAUCAACCACAUUUUGAGCAUCCCAGUAUGGGGAGUGGGCUUCACCAGGUUGCUAAUCCGUGUCCUGAUUGCCCACCAAGGGAGACCUUCAUGCUCAAUGCUGAUACAAAGUUGCACCACGGAAUUCACCCAAAUGAACAGAAUAAUGAGCAUCGAUCAUUAUUUAAUGACAGCCAAAAUCACGAGAGAGGAUGGAUUCUGCAUCAACAAUUGAAUGCUCGAGCUGAUGAAGUAAGAACAAAUGUAUCUGGGGCUGGGAGAUUGAAUGACCAUUAUACUGUUGAAGGUCCUGGUAUGAAUUUGCCUCUUAGUCAUGCUAAUAUGGUAGAUGGUCGUCAUGUGUCUUCAAAUUACGUUCACCACCGAGCUGGACCUGAACUAGGAAAUGAGGUGUUUCAUGACCAACCUGUGCCUGGUGCACCACUUAUACAUGUCCCUCCUCCUGAAGAAAGUGGUAUUCGAUAUGGGAAUCAUCCUUUUGUCUAUGGAGGAGAUAAUCUUUAUCCAGCUCAUGGACAUGUUCCAGGACAUGUUUUAUGGAGAAAUGCUCAGAACCCAAUGAAUGCCGCUCCAUCUUAUGAAGCAUCCAAUGCACCACCUCAAGUCAAUGGUAAAGUUAAUCCAGUAUUCCCCAGAGGCACGUGGGAGGGUAGUCCAAGAUUUUGUAUUGGAGUGGAUAAUCAGAAUCCCUGGGUUGAAUCCUCACAGAAAAUGUUAGGUUUUGAUGGGAAAGCGGUCCCAGACUAUGCCUACGGCCAUGCUUUAAAAGUGAACCUCAAUAUACUUGGUCAUGAAAAUCAACAUCAAUUUUCUUCAGACCUUGUAAGACCCUCACAAGAAAUUCCGAACUCUGCUAGUCCUUUGGAUCCUAUUAAUGAUCUUGUGAGGUUGGAGGAGAAAAGUAUACCUAAAGAAAAAAUAGAGGAAAAUCAUUUAGAGAAAACUGAUAACUCUGGUGUGCUGGCUAUUUGUUGUUCUGGUCAAGCCAAAAUUGGUGAUAAUAAUUGUGAGCUGGCAUCUCUUGAGUCCAUUAACUCAAAUUGCUUGAAAACCACAAAAGAGAGUGGUGAUGACAUCAAACCAGAUGGAAAGGAUCUUUCUGCUUCUCCUGAUGUUUCAAAGCUUUCGGUUAGCAGGUUGAGUUUCUUACCUGAUUUGAUUGCUUCUGCAAAAAAGGCUGCAUUAGAAGGGGCUGAGGAAGUGAAAGCUGAAGCUAAAGAGGAUGCAGACAAUAAGAAGAAUGUCUCGACAGCCAAAGAAACAGCUGCUAAAGAAUUAGAAUCAGCGAAUGUUCCUGGGGAUUCAGAAUUGGAUUCGGAUUGUGAUAAUCUAGACACUUCCAAAAUUGAGCCAACAAAGGCUGAGGCAGAAGCUAUUGCCAAGGGAUUGCAGACAAUAAAGAAUGAUGAUCUGGAGGAGAUUCGAGAACUAGGUUCUGGAACAUAUGGGUCUGUUUAUCAUGGGAAGUGGAAGGGUUCUGAUGUAGCAAUAAAGAGAAUAAAAGCUAGCUGCUUUGCUGGGAGACCAUCAGAAAGAGAACGACUGAUUGCAGACUUCUGGAAGGAGGCUUUGAUACUAAGCUCACUACAUCAUCCGAAUGUCGUCUCCUUUUAUGGUAUUGUACGUGAUGGUCCUGAUGGAUCUUUAGCAACUGUAACAGAGUUCAUGAUCAAUGGAUCUCUGAAGCAGUUUUUGCAGAAAAAGGACAGAACAAUUGACCGUCGGAAGAGACUCAUCAUAGCUAUGGAUGCUGCAAUUGGGAUGGAGUAUUUGCAUGGGAAGAACAUUGUACAUUUUGAUUUGAAAUGUGAAAAUCUGUUGGUAAAUAUGAGAGAUCCACAGCGGCCUGUGUGCAAGAUUGGAGAUUUGGGCUUGUCAAAGGUAAAACAACAUACUUUAGUGUCAGGAGGUGUUCGUGGAACUUUGCCCUGGAUGGCACCUGAGCUUCUUAGUGGGAAAAGUAACAUGGUUACGGAGAAGAUUGAUGUUUACUCAUUUGGGAUUGUUAUGUGGGAAUUACUCACUGGAGAUGAACCUUAUGCAGACAUGCAUUGUGCUUCUAUAAUUGGAGGAAUUGUGAACAACACAUUACGUCCCCAAAUUCCUACGUGGUGUGAUCCUGAGUGGAAGUCUUUGAUGGAAAGUUGUUGGGCCUCUGAUCCAGCAACUAGGCCAUCGUUUUCUGAAAUCUCUCAGAAGCUGAGGAAUAUGGCUGCUGCAAUGAAUGUGAAAUGAUUCCCAAUCUCAAAAGCAGUCAGAUUCACUUCUUUCCCGUCAAGUAGUGUAGGCCAAGACAUGGCUAAAGAUGAAAUAAAAAUGAAGCAUAGAUUUUUGCAGUUUAAGGCCACUACUGGAUUUUCAAGUAUAUGGAGGCUAUAAUGUAAUAUUAUGCCUUGGUUCAUCUCUACCGUAUCAUCAUUUGUAAUAGUGAAAAUGGUAGGUAAUUUUCCUUUUUAGAGUGCCAAUUUAUAUGCACUCAAAUGGAUUUUUACCUGGAAGGCUUCAUAAUACCCAGUCAAGAGCUUAUGAUGACACGAUCAAACUGCUCAUGUUGUUUUGGAUAUAUAGGAUCAGGGAGUGGCUGUACUACUGGUAUAGACAGAUGUCAUAUGGAGGGCUGAGCCAAGAAUAUUUUUGAAGGAUGUGUAUAUAAAAUCAAUUAUUCCGAGGGGGUUCUAAGUAUCAUAUCUUGUGGCGGAAUUUAUAAAUUUUAUUUUUAUUCCUUUUUGUCAUUUGGUUUUGUUAGGUCUUUUUUAAGUUUUCUAGUUAUGGGAACAAUAUACAUGCAUAUGUACGAGAUAUACUUUGGCUCUUAGAGAUGUAAAAAGUAUAUGAUUAAUUUUGUAAGAUACUCUUCUUGGUA